AUGAGUUCAACAAAAGUUACAUCACGUGAUCUCGAAAUCGCGUCGCAUGAGUUUGCUGAAUUUAUGUUGGAAAAGUGGAAUUUUGGACAGUGUGGUAAUGACGUCGUCAUAUUUGUGUCACGAGACGAUAACCAGUUCAGCUUGGCGAUAGGUAAAGAAGCCCGGUCCAUUCUGACAGCCAGAGCCGUAUUAAAAAUUCGCACAGAAGUCAAUGGAUACUUCCAUUCGGGAGAUAUAUACACAGGAUUACAUCAAACUGUUUCUAUAUUUCAAGCUGUGUUUUUACAUCAAUAUGAAUAUCAUGGAACCGUGUCCAGAAAAUUAUUUUUAAUAUUUAUUGGCAUUGGAGUCUGCCUGUUUUUGUUUUUACUCUCUCAGACGUACCAUGCAUACAGAGAACGGGUGAUGUUGAAGCCCAAGCAUGAAAGACUUGUAUGGCUAUGGGGCUUUACUUAA